AUGUCAAAGUAUCCCUCGUACCUCUCCGAGAGCAAAUAUCCCAUCAUCGCAAUGUUCAGCACCGAGUCCUUCAUCAAGAAUAUGUCUGUGUCUCCAAUAAAUCAUUUGUUAACGUGUAUACGUUUAUAUGCAACAGGAGCGCAUUUGGAUUGUAUAGCUGAUUUUAUUGGAAUUCACCCAACAACUCCAGGCCGUAUAGUUCAAAAAGUGACAAGAUCAAUAGCUAUCCUAUACGAUCAGUUCAUAAGAUUUCCUGACAAUGAAAGAAGGAAAAUAUUGAAAAGGCAGUUUUAUGACAUUGCUAGAUUUCCCCAUGUAGCUGGAGCGAUAGACUGCACACAUGUGAAAAUUCAAUCACCAGGUGGUGAUGAUGCAGAAAUAUUCAGAAAUCGUAAAGGCUAUUUCUCCAUUAACGUGCAGGCAAUCUGUAAUGCAGAUUUGAAAUUUCAAAAUGUAGUUGGGAGAUGGCCUGGAUCAGCGCAUGACAGUACCAUUUUCAAUUCGAGUCGUGUUGCCAUGCUUUUUGAGAAUGGGCAUUUUGAUGACUGCAUAAUAUUAGGUGAUAGUGGUUAUCCUAUAAAGAAAUAUCUGUUGACACCACUACAGAAUCCUACCUCAAGAGCAGAACAUCUUUAUAAUGAAGCCCAUAUAAUUAAGGACCCGAAAUACCAUAGAGCGGUGCUUUGGUAUAUGGAAAAGACGGUUUCCAAUCCUAGCAUAUGGCUGUAG